AUGGAUGAGAGUGAUAAUAAUAGAUCCUUACAGGUUAAACGGAGUUGUACACAAGGGCAAGGAGGUAACUCCACCAUUUGUUCGUUUGAUUCUUAUAAUCAUUGUGUGGGAUGCAGUAGCCCUGCUUUGAACAUACAACAUAAGUCGACCUUCAAAGGCGAAACACAAUUACAAGUUAAAUCUUCAGAAAUUAGUCGCAUAUCUGGAGAAAAUGCGGUCGGUUCUUAUGGAAAAAUUACUGAAAAUGACAGAGGGGAGGAAGAGAGAUCUUCCAACUACAAUAAAUCUCACAUUCUCCGUUCGAAAGGAAAACUUCAAGUAUUACUUUUUUUGAGUCUCAGUUCGUGGACAAACGAAAGAAGAGAAAAUACAGGCAUUCAUGAUGGACGAACUAGUAGCGAAAGAGAGAGUAAAAGUAAUGAAGACAAUGUAUUUAAAUGUCGAAACCGAGAAAAGAAUGGAAGUUUACUCACAAUUCUGGGGCCAUUGUUCAGAGUCGGUACCCUGGAGGGCUUUUUAUGGAGAGAAGACUACCCUAAAACGCUGUGCUAUCUUGUUGUCCCAAACAGUACGCCUAAGUGGAGAACCGAUGCCUUCAUGUCCCAUUUGUGUAACAAUAAUGAAGACGACUCAUUUGGCAAUAAUCCUACCGUGGCCGUCGAAAUGAUCGAGAAUCAAUCAGACCGUUAUCGUAUUGCAAAAUCUCUUAAUAUACAGCUACGAAACAGUGAUCUUCGAAAAGAUUACAUAUAUGAUGAUGUAAUGAGUAUUGCACAAUAUGGCUUCAAUCAUAUAAUUAUUAUUGGGACUUGUUAUUGUGACUUACUUUUUUUGGAUUGCUAUGAACGUGUAUUCAAAUGGGACGCUAUAACCAAUAUAUUAUGGUUUUUUGGGAAUUUUUUCAAUGCAGUAUCAGAGAAACCAGUGCUAUGGGACGUUUCAUCAGACGGAACUGUAUGGGAGCUAUCUGAUUUGGAUUCGCCGGAAGAAUGCAAUUCUCACCCCGCAAGUGACAAGAAAAAAAAGAAAAAAGGCAAGAAAAAGAACCAAAAAAGGCAUCAUUGA